GCCAUUAUUUCGCUCGACAUGUAGUAAUGGGAGUUUGGGAAAACUGUGCGGUCGCGAACAAUGUUGAGAUUUUAAAUUACUUGGCUGGAGUCAUGAUUAAGUGCACUCUAGUUUUAAUUGUAGUCAUAGAGUUUGUAUAUACUAUAGCUGGUAAUAAUGAUAACAUAAGGGAUCAUCCCGCAUGGAAGUUGCUACAGCAGUUUGAGUGUGGAGACAGUGCAGCAGACCGGAUUAUUGGCGGGUUCAACGCCGGACUCGGCCAGUUUCCAUGGAUUGCUCGCCUCGGAUAUACAAGUGAGGACGAGCCAGAGAUAGAUUGGAUGUGUGGCGGCGUGCUCAUCACCAACAGGCACGUGGUCACCGCCGCUCACUGUAUCACCGACGAGGACUCUGGCUACAAACUGUCCUUCGUCCGCCUAGGCGAACACAACACAGAGACAGACCCCGACUGUCAGCUGCACGUGUGCGCGCCGAAGGUCCAGGAUCGGAAGCCGAAAGUCAUCAGACCUCACGCCAACUUCAACAACCCGGCCUUCCAGAAUGACAUCGCUAUCAUCACUUUGGAUAGUCCUGUGCAGUUGCAUGAUUACGUGGCGCCAAUCUGCCUGCCGUACAGCGACGAGCAACUAGUGCCGUUGCCACUGGGUGAAAUGCUGACAGUUGCCGGCUGGGGCAAGAUGAACAUGACCACGGAAGAGCGGGCAAAGAUCUUACAAUACGUUCAGAUACCAGUAGUGGAGAAGUCGGCAUGCAACCUGUUCGGGAAGGCGUUCAAGAUGACCGCCAUGCAGAUUUGUGCAGGUGCCAUACAUAAUAAGGACGCGUGCGGGGGCGACUCAGGGGGACCCGUCAUGAAGGUAUUUGACAAUGACGAGGGACCAAAGAAUUAUCUCAUCGGAGUGGUAUCCUUCGGACCGACGAUUUGCGGCAUCAAGAAACCAGGCGUCUACUCAUCAUCGGUGGAAUAUCUCAGAUGGAUUUUAGACAACAUUAUAGCGACUUGCUCCAACUCUGAUAAAUACAGUCAAGCGAGUCCGACGUACCGCUUAGUGAGCAGUACAGUGUCCGAGGUUUGUCGAGGCGACCGCUCGCGUCAGACCACUUCAAUAACAAACAUGUUUGUAUCAUUUAUAACCCGAACUUGCUUACUUCUCGCCGUCCUCAAUUCGGCGACGACACAGAACGCCCGAGGAUCCAAAACAUGCAAGAUAAGUGACGAUAUAGAAGGAGAGUGUAUUUUGCUACAAAAAUGUCCUCGAGCAUUGGAUUUGCUGAAGUUAAAUGAUAUUAAAUCCUUGAGGAAUCUCACUUGCGGAUAUGAUAAGCUGGAUGCAAAGGUAUGCUGCGUCACAAACAAAACAGACGGAAUAUCUAUCACCUUCAAUACGAGUAAAGACACUGCCACUAGUAGACCUGAAGGCGGUAUAUUGAACACCGUUAAAGUGCCACCAGAUCCGGUAGCUACCUUCCCUCUUACCACUCUGGUAGCAACCGAGGCACAUACAACUAAAAUAGUUUACUCGACUACAUUCGUUCCAACAACACAUAAACAGAAGAUAACAAAUGCGCCCCAUCAUAACAAUGAAUUUAAUGAGCCAACACUACCAUCAUCUUCAGCUUUUGCUUUUCGCCCACCAGUGCCCAUACCCACGCGACCACCGUCCAUUCUGCCAUCUCAAGAAGUACCUUCCAUGCUUGAAACAGCUAGUGAAACCAUAUCAACAUUUGACAAUCCGCUAGGAAUCGAUACAAACAUCCCAUCCCGAUUUCCACUUGAAGAAUUAGACGGCAGUAAAAUUGGGUCUUGGCUACCAGAAGUUUCUGAUGCUGUAACAGAACAAAUGGAUCGCUUUCCUGUAUUGCAGCCUGCCGUCAAUCUACCAAGUCGGAAUAAGUGUGGACUGCUUUCAACUUCUGACAGAAUUGUUGGUGGAGAAGUAGCAGGACUUGAAGAGCUGCCUUGGCUGGCUCGUAUCAAAUAUCAAAUGAAGUCGAAAGAAAUCUACGCGUGCCAUGCGUCCCUGAUUACUGACCGUUUCUUAAUCACCGCUGCGCACUGUGUAGUCAACCAGCAAAUAAUAGACGUUCGUCUGGGUGACUGGGACGCUGAGACAGAAAUUGACUGCAUUCAGGAUGACUGCAACGAUCCUCCUAUGGAUGUUAAAAUCGAUGCAACCUUCGUACACCCGUCGUAUCAUAGACAAACAUUAGUUGGUGACAUAGCUUUAUUGCGCCUAGCACAUCCGGUUAAUUUUACAGAAUUUAUCCGGCCAGUCUGCUUACCGACUACAGAAUACAUAGCACGAAUGGAUUACGAUCCCGAUAGUGAAUACUUAACUGGUGGCUGGGGUAAAACAGAGUUUGAAAUGAGAUCCGUAGUUAAAAGAAAAAUCAGACUAACUGCUGUUCCCAUGGCAACAUGCAGAACGUCCAUUCGACGGAUGACCGACCAACUAGCCGCCAGCGCCAUCUGCGCUGGUGGGAGAAAGGGUGAGGACAGCUGCUCCGGAGACUCUGGCAGCUGCCUUGUCCGGCUGGCCAGUGAGAACCGCCGGUUUAACUGGUUCCUCUUUGGGGUAACCAGUUUCGGAUCGGCUAAAUGCGGUACAGAAGGAAUACCGGGCAUCUAUUCGCGAGUAACAUAUUAUAUGGAUUGGAUUCAGAGCGUUCUUGCAUUAUAAAAGAGAAUAUAUUAAUUAUUUAUACGUAAAGGAUGAACGUGAACUUAGUGAACAAAAAAACGUAAGUACGUGUGUAAAAACGUUGAUGUAAUUUUGCCAUACCAUAC